GGAUGCUGUUAUAAAUAGCUCACACUUCAGGUCACUCGUCAAUCAACGACAUGUCGUAAUUGAACCUAAUUUUCUCUUUGUCAAAAUACCGAAACACCGUAAAUUCGUACGUUCACAUGACUAAAUUGACAAGAAUCAACUGAUGCAUAAAGGUUGAAUAAAUAAUUCACCUCCGAUACCAUGGAGGGUCAGGAACAGCAACUUUUCCUCAUGGAAUUCCUCGUCGACAAAGUCAACAUUCCCUCAGUCCGCGCCAUGCACGAUGACAUGCUACCCGUAGAGACCUGUGUGUCUUUUCAGGUGCUUAAUUUACCGCCAAUAAACAUUUGCCAAGAGGCAUCGUCCGACGGAUGCACAUGCGUCGGUGGUGACGUCCAGUAUUUCAAGAAGGGUAAAUCCUGUCUUUUCGCUCUACCAUCGAUCGUCGUGGAAAAACCACUGCCCACCUUUCCAGUGACGAUGUCAGUCUACAAAAAAUUGCCACCGGGAGUUCUGCCCGACGUAAUGCUGAUCGGUACACAUCAGAUUCAAGCCAAGGAUCUCUUCAACGCCCUUCUAAGUCACCACGUCUUCGAGGCUGGCAAUCCUUCUCGCACCAUGAGGGAGACCUUCAAGAUAACCACGGCGACUGGUCAGAACGUCGGCGAGGUGACCGUCUUCGUGAGGGUCUCUUGUUUCGGGAAAAAAAUCGUCACCCAGUUCCAGAUACCUCAUAACAAAAAACCCUACCUUUUCAAAGGGGCUGCCAACAGUCCCGUUUACCAGUGCAAAAAACUACCCUCCGGUAUGAUUGUACCCCAUAAUCCAGGGCCCAAAUGCUAUUGUGCACGCGAAGCUCAGGCCAAUUCUCGGGGCAGCGGUGAAGCCUACCCCAGGACCUGCUGUCCCACACCACAAACCCAACCCGCCCCUCGGUCCCCGGCUAAUUAUAAACCUCCCGAUUACGGCCCUCGACCCUGUUGUCCGUCUCAAAGAUGCCCCCCUGAGCCGUGCCCCCCCGCGACGUCCUUCACCCCCCAAAAUUCCUUCGGUUCUUCGUACGGACAACCGACCCGGAAGUGCGGAUGUCCCGCCAAGGAAGGAAAGGGCUGCAACUGAUACUCUUGGAACUGUUUUCAUCCGCAGACUGAGAGUUGGGAUUCGAUCUACCUACGUUCCCAAGACGAUGUCGAUUUAGCAACACAUACGAAGUGAAGAAAGUGAAGCACCAGCGUCUUUUCAGACUCUGUAAUGUUUUCAUCAU